GGCAAGAGAUAGGGAGGGGAACUGAUGAAACGUCCAUCUCUUUAGGACUAUUGAUGUUAACUGAACUAAUUUUUUUAAUGAAUGGGAGCCAUUUAACUACCCCCUGUCGCUGAGUCAGGAACCCCUGAAGGGAUUUAACAUUAGAUUAAAGAACUCGACAACGAUUCCGGGAUAAGAAUAACAUCUGACUGGGAACUUGCUGCCUGAAAAUACGCGGCCUUAAUCCCAAAUGAAAAUUAGAGACCUCGAGAUUCAAAUUGUGUGGCGAGUGAAAUCGAAGUGACCUGAAACUGCGGGAGAAGGGCGCAUUGACCUAGAAAGGCAACCGGGUUAAGUCAGUCUCUCACGUGCAGAAAACAUAUCAACAAGCCUUGGACUGGUUUCCUGAAGAUGCAAACAUGAAGGAUAUUGAUGCCAGAACAGAAUAUGUAAUUCCUGAGCCUGGAUGUAAAACAGUGAAUAGAAAGUCCCUGCGUUUGGAGAACCAUAAAGAACGAGGUGAAACACAGAAGAGAGAGUUGUGUGAAAAUGCUUUGGAAACAGCAGGUCGGGUGGAAGGCCUGUCACUGGACGUUUCAACACAUUCCUGUAUACAAAUCCUGGAUGAGGAAAAGCAGAAGGGAAAGUAUCACCAAAGCUUGCACCUGUUCAAGCCCUUUCGCAGUUCCACCAAACAACAGCACCCUGUGGACAACGCAGGCUUCUUUUCAUUUAUGACCUUCAGCUGGUUGACAUCUUUGGCAUUCACGGCUUAUAAAAAAGGGCAGCUACUGCUGGAAGAUGUUUGGCCCCUGUCAAAAUAUGAAUCUUCAGAAAUUAAUAGCAGAAGAUUAGAACGGCUGUGGCAAACAGAGUUGAAAGAAUGUGGCCAGGAAAAUGCCUCACUAAACAGAGUGAUUUGGAAGUUUUGCCAGACAAGGCUGGUCAUCUCUGUGAUCUGUUUGAUGGUUACAAUGGUGGCUGGCUUCUGUGGACCAGACAUCUUUAAAGUUCUGUGGAAAAGGAAUCUCCUCCUGCAGAAAGCUGCUCUCUCCAGAAAUAUGUAGUACAGUAUGUAUCAAUUUUACUGGGGUGGGGAAGUUGGAAGCUGGGAAAUGAAACAAAAAGGACCUAGUAGUAUUUUGGCAGGGAUGGCUGAAGUUGGGGUUUGGAAAAUUUUAAAAUGGAUGAUCCUUCUGGUUUACAUAAGAACUUAAGAAGCAGAAGUAGGAUUAAGUAUCUACUUGCUAUAUGAAAAGAACAAUAAGAUGAAGAGGCUUCAGGGUAGUUUUGUUUGGGAAUGGGAUGGUGGUUAAUUGCCAGUGCUGCCGAGGAACUUGAAGAUUUAGCUAAAUCCAUAGGUUUUCUUAAAUAUGGGCUGUAGCUUGGGAUAGUGAGCAAAAUAUUUAGUUAUUGUGAAUGGAGUUCACAUAUUUUCACAAAGAUAGCAGAACUUGCUGUACUAAGCUGUCAUACAGAUAAAAUCGAAAUUUCCUACUGUUAAGGUCUGUUCAGUGCACACUCCAUAACCUCUGAUUUUGGAAGUUUAUUUGAAGUGGUUCAUGUUUUCUCUAAAACCAUAUUAGGAGACCAGUUGAGGUGGAAGACAAUGUAGAGAAACUUGAAAAUUUAAUUUAACCUGAUUUUCUGCACAUGAAGCAAAUUUCUUAGAAUGGUUGUUUCAUUUUUUUUUAUUGAAAGUGAAUCUAGUUUCUUGUUGAAAUGAGCAUCUUAUUUUAACAAGUUACUUUAUUUUGCAUUGUUUACUGGUUUGAAUUUUACAAUAUGAACUUUAGUUGGUUAUUUUAGUGAGUAAGAAGUUUGACUGUAAUGAGAAGAGUAGCAAUUAGAAAAUACCCCUGGCCACACCAUUAUUCAGUCGGAUCCAUUUUAAGACUUUGCCUGUUUGCAAGUCAAAAGCAAUGCGCUUCAACCUUUUUUGUUAACUCCUCAAUGUCCUCUCUUUGCAUAAACCAUAAUUUGUAGAUUGGGAAAAAGCUUUCUUUGAUUAGAAGUGGUAUGUUAAUUGUAGUACUUGUUGGUUAAAACAGUGCAGAAAACAAGCUGAUAUCAAAUUUGAUGUUUUCUAAAUUCUAGUGAUGUUUGAGAGAGUUUUGAGUUUUGUUAAUGGCCUGUUGUGUGGAAUGGUUCUUGUACUCUGCUUGUACUAUAUUAGUUGUAUUGAAAAACGACCAAAGAAGACUAAAAAGGACGACUUUGUACUGGGUUUGCAUUUUCUUGUAUUUAAAUAAUAGCUUUAUGUUAAGACUGAGGAAAAGUACUAUACGAUAGGGAAGUGAAUUGGUUUGCUCAAAUGCAUAUCCUAGUAUAUGCUGAGUUGGUUGAAAAUAUGGAGUCUCCUGAGCACUUUUUUCAAUUUGGUAUUGGUGUACACACCAAGGAAAUCAGUACUAGUAGAAAUGGGAGGUGCCUUUUCUUAUAAUUUAAUUGUUUGCUCAUGUAUUGAAUUAUUAUGAAAAGCAAUGGUGAAGGGUACAGCUAAAUUUUAAGCUAUGUGGAAAUUUGAUGUUACCAUAAAAUGUUUUUUUUAUACAUGCUAAUGAAUGGAGGUCUGCAUAAUCCAUCUAGGUUCACUGAAGGGAAAUAAUUUAAUGGUGAUUCUGACCUUUUUUACAAUGGCUUUGAAUUCUUUUGGAACAGUUUCAAGGUUCUCAAAAUGGCUGCUCUUCACUGGCAUUUGGAAAUGAAAUGUAGGGAAGAAGCAGAUUACUUUGAAUUCUUUUCAUGUGUAGAAGAAACAGACUGCUUUUUAAUUGUAAUUUUAUAUUGAUUAGUUUGAUUUCUCCAACAACUUUCUAACACUUCUUAAAUUGAAAAAAUGUAUGCAGUUCUCUCCUAAAUAUGAGAAAAGCUUUUGUGCAUUUUGCUAUAGAGUUCAUUAAUCCAUUAAUAUUGUAAUAGUAUCUGAAAACACAGCAAUUGGUGGUUGACAAGAAAUACUUGUUUUAUUUUCGUUUUAUUUUUGCCCUUUGGGUAAUUAGUUUAAAAUAUAAAAUAAGCCAAAUAUUUAAGAAUGAUAUUUAUAUUAGUUUAAAAAAGUAUUUUAUUACCCAGUCCAUUUGGCACACUUUUAAAAUACCAAUGUCAAGAACUGCAUGCAAAUCCUCUUUUAACAACAUAAUAGAUUAUCGUAAUUUGAAGACAUUAAAUCCUGUAGUUUGGAGUUGUUGAAUACAAGUUGAGUUUAUCGUCAUAUGCGCAAGUACAGUGAGGUACAGGUACAAUGAAAAACUUGCUUGCAGCAGCAUCACGGGCACUUAGACUCAAACAACACAGAAUAUAAAUUAUAAGACAGUGGAACAAAAAACUGGAAAACGACAUUUUUACAAAAAAAAACACAAUUAGAGACGAGUAGGACUUGCACAGCGAACAGCAGUACCCUGGAGAAUGUUGCAGAAUGGAGGGACCUUGGAGUGCAAGUACAUGAUUUCCUGAAAGUGGAGUCACAGGUAGACAGGGUGGUUGCCCUUAAGUCAGGGCAUUGAGUAUAAAAGUUGGGAGGUCAUGGUGCAGUUUUACAGGAUGCUGGUGAGGCUGCACUUGGGCUAUUAUGUUCAGAUUUGGUCACCCUGCUAUGGGAAAAAUGUUACUCAACUGGAAAGAGUACAGAAAAGAUUUACAAGAACUUGAGAGACUGAGUUAGAGGGAGAGAUUGGACAGGCUAGGACUUUAUUCUUUGGAGCAUAGAAGACCGAGAAGUGAUCUUAUGUAGGUGUAUAUAAUCAAGAGGGGCAUAGAUUGGGUGAAUGCAUUGUCUUUUUCCCAGGGUUGGGGAAUCAAGGACGAGAGGGCAUAGGUUUAAAAGAUUUAGUAGGAACUUGAGGGCAACUUUUUUACACAAUGGAUGGUAUCUAUGUGGAAUCAGCUGCCAGAGGAAGUGGUUGAGGCAGGUACAAUAACAACUUUUUAAAAGACAUGAGUGGUACAUGGAUAGGAAAAGUUUAGAAGGUUAUGGGACAAGCUUGGAUGGGGCAUCUUGGUCAGCUUGGACCAACUGGGCUGAAGGGCCUGUUUCCAUGCUGUAUAACUCUGAUGUCAAUAAGUCCAUGGUAGUGCAAGAGGUGAUCCAUAGUGUUCCAUUGCUGAGGUAGGGUUAGGGUUGUGCAGGUUGGUUCAAGAAUCUGUUGGUUGUAGGAAAGUAGCCAUUCCCGAACCUGGUGGUGUGGGCUUCUGUAUCUCCUGCCUAAUUGUAGCAGUGAGAAGGGGGCAUGGCCCAGAUGGUGAGGAUCCUUGAUGAUAGAUGUAGCCGCCUUGAUGCAGUGCAUCAUGUAGCUGCUGUCAGUAGUGGGGAAGGCUGUGUCAGUGAAGGACCAACUGUGUUUUCUCCUCUGCAGCCUCUUGCCUUCCUGUGCUUUGGAAUUGCCAUACCAGGUCAUGAUAUAACCAGCCAGGAUACUUUCAAGAGUGCAUCUGUAGAAGUUUGCUAGAGUAGAAAAUAGAGGUGCUGGCAUGCUGCCUUCAUGAUUGAAUCUGUGUGCUGGGUCCAGGAUAGGUCUUCUGAGAUGUUAACACCCAUGAAUUUGAACCUGCUAACUCUCUCCACCUCUGACCAAUUGGCACAUGGUCUCCUGACUUCAAUUUUUAAUUGAACUUUUAAUUUUAGCCAUAAAAUUAAAAAUAACUCAUGGAAGUAUUCUGGAAAUAAACUAUAGUAUUUCACAUGUUUCUAGACUACAGUUACAUUUCAAAAGAAGCCUAUAAAUUAUAGAAUUGUCAAGGCUUAGAAGAAGGCUACUUGGCCCAUAAGUUUAUGGUAUCUUCUGCUUCAGAUAAUCAACCACAUCAGUCCUAUUCUUCUCCUCUUUUCCCAUGGCCUUGCAAGUUUUCAUUCUGAAGUGUUUUUCAAAUUGAAAGCACUGCCCCUACAGUCACUGAAUUCCAGAUCAUUGACCAAUAUUUUAAUUCUCUGCCUUCUGGCCCUUGAAUCAUCUACCCUGACUAAGCCAGUCAUUAUCUUAAACACCUCCACAAAAUCUCACAACCUUUGCUGCAAAGAAAGUAACCGUAGUUUCUGCAGUCAAACAUGGCUGAAAUCCUUCAUCCCUAGAAACUUUCUAGUUAAGUCAUGGAAGAUGGAGGAGGAAAAGGUAUUGCCUUUUUUUAAAACCUGGAUCGUUAGCUAGAGAAGGAUGCUUUUUGAUAGGAUUAAGAGGUGAGAGGAUCAUUUACUGCAGAUUAAAGUCCCCUACAUUUUCUGGUAUUUUGGAUUCUCUAAUUAUUUACAACUCAAAGAACUCUCCAGUAAAAUGCACAACAGAAGCUAUUCUUAGCAUUCACAGGAUUGCCAUGUAAGGGUGCAUUGGAAUGAGAUGAGAAGUCAUUCGCAAAUGAUCAUCAUGCUUUAAGGUAAGGUAGUGAUUACAAACAGUUACACUUACAGUGCACAGUUACACUUACAGUGCACUUUAAAGCCACCCAAUCAGCAUUUUAAUUUUAAGUUUUGUUAUACCAGCAAUUAUUCACAGGUUUAAUAUUCAUUGGAAAUGAAUAUUUCAGUGAAAGAAAAUUACUAUGGAAGAAGAGAAACAAUGGAUUUGUCUUAUCUCUCACUACAAGUUAAUUGAUAACAAACUUAAUUUCAUUAUUCUUUUAAAACACUUGUAGAAUAAUGUUCUCCUUUUCUGAUUUUUACUGUGCUUGAUUUGGAAAUAAUUAAUUGCAUGCUAUGUGGAAAUGCUUUUAUUGGUAUGCUGCUUUUUAAAAAGGUAGACAUUUUCGAAGGUAAACGUGAUGGUUAGGAUUUGCAUGAUAACUCUGAACAGGGUGAUGAUAACUAGGUUCCAGUUAAAACUGGGGAUGAAUAAUCUGAGAUGUUCCUAUUACAGUGGAGACACGAGACUGCAGAUGCUGUACUUUGGAGUAAAAAAACAAACUGCUGGAGUAACUUGGAGGGUCAAGCAGCAUCUGUGGAGGCAAAUGGAUGGUUCACGUUUCAGGUUGAGAUCCUGCAUCAGAACAUAGGGUCUCGACCCAAAACGUCAACCAUUCAUGUUGCUGUCUUCCUUUUAUAAUGUCUUGUGCAGUCUGAACAUGGCUGGGCUGCUUUUAAUGACAGGGGAAUUGUUCUUGUAUCCACACUAAUUCAUUAUUUACAGCUGCUGAGGUGUAAAGUCUGAAUCCUUACAAAUUCAGUCUUGCACUGAAAUUUACAUUCUUACAAGUAUUUGUAUGAUCUCUAUAAAACAUUGACUGGAGGUUUUCCAAGAACAGCUAUUUCACACUUGACUCGUGCAGUGGAAUUGACCAAGAAAUGGACGGUUGUUUUUAUAUGGUGAAUCGCCGCUGAAAAGAAUAACAUGAUGGAAUCAGCUACAGAGUGAAAAUGAGAUGAGCAAUUCAGCAUCACAGCACGCUUCUAACUAGGGCUUGUUUCUCCUCUGUGAAUCAAUCAAAGAAUUGCUGGGACUGCAGUUAAUGUUUAACUUGCAAAUUAGCACUAUUUACAAAGCUGGUAUGAUUGAUUUGCUAAUGAGACUAUGGUUGAACUGAUGGACGCAAACAGUUUCUGUAAUUUCUCCAGAGCUGUUUCAUGUCUUUCUGAAUCUAUACUAAAAAGUUUAUCUUGCAUUAUCCUGCAUCAUUGGUUAGAGUUCUGAUAUUUGGGUGCAUGUGCAUGCAUAUUAUCUAGCUUUCUAUACAGUGGACAUUUUUAAAAUGAACACUUGUGUGAUACAUACAGAUGUUCAGUAUUGCCUCAAACCUCUGCCCUAGGCUUGAUUUGAAAAUUAAUGAACUAAUUAAAUUGAUGGACUGCUCAUAUUUAUAUAAAAAAUACAUAUUUUGGUUUUAAA